AUGAGCGAAGCCGACGAGGUGUGCGCAGACUACGCCGACGCGCUGAAAGAUCUCCAGGUCAACUCCAAGCCGAUGAUCACCUCGCUCACCAUGCUCGCCCAGGAACUCGGCGCGCACGACGUCUCCAUCGCGUCGCGGAUCGGCGAGCUCAUCGAGCGGCACAUUCGAACCUCCGCGCCGAAGGCUAAGCUCUGCGGGUUCUACCUCAUGGACUCCAUCGUGAAGAACGUCAAGGGCCACUACGUGAACUACUUUGCGCGAGGAUUGAGCGACCUAUUCAUCAGCGUGUACCAGAUUUCGGACCCUCAGACGCAGAAGAGCAUGGCGCAUCUGUUCGACACGUGGCGUGCGGUGUUCCCGCAGAGCACGCUCGAGCCCAUCGAGCGCACCCUGCCCCCGCGCCCGCAGAAGAUCAGGCUUCCGCCGCCGCCGCCGGCUGCCGGCGGUUUCUACAACCAGCAGCAGGGUGGGUACCCGCUCCAGGCGCAGGGGUACGGCGGCGGCGCGUACGGCCAUCAGCCCGGCAUCAACGCCAUGGCGCCCGCCUCCGCUGGCGCCAUGCUCGCGUCCAUGGUGCAGGGCGGCGGCGACAUCUCCGCGCUGCUGAAUUCAAUCGCAGCCGUCAAGAAGGCGACCACCGGCGGUUCCCCCGCGGGAUCGGCGGGCGCACCGGGCGUCCCACGCCCCCCCGCGCCCCCCGCCGGAGCGCCCAAGGGUCUGCGCGGCGGCGAUUCCCCCGGCGCAUCCACCGGCGCCAGCAAGGAGAACCAGCCGCCGAGGCUGGGCGUGGACUUUGACCCGAGCAGGGACGACGAGGCUGAGCUUCGCAGGCGGCGCGAGUACCUCAUCGACGCGAUGUACGCGGACAGGCCCCACCAGUGCGCCAGCACCGGGCGCAGGUUCGACGACAGGGCCGAGCUCGACGCGCACCUCGACCUGCAGGCGCUUCGCAGGAGGAAGAGGAAGGAGGGCUCCAGUUCUCGGCGAUGGUGCGUCGACUCGGACGCUUGGAUCGCGGGAGCCGCGGCGGAGGCUGCCGACGACGCCCCGGCGUUCUUCGAGAUUGAGCACGCCAAGAAGGAGGAGGAUGCUCGAAACGCGGUGGACGUGAACUCGUCGGUGGCGAAGGAGGACGACGUGACGCAUUGCGCGCUGUCGGGGGAGCCCUUCGAGGUUUUUUACAACGAGGACGAGGACGAGUGGCACUUCAAGAGGGCGACGCGGCUGCCGAGGGAUUACAAGGGCGUGCCCGCGGGUUCGAUCGUGCUCGUCACCGCGCUUCCGAAGGAUGGAAACUACGACGACGAAGACGACGAGGAGGAAGACGAGGAAGAGGAGGAGGAAGAGGAGGAGGUUGUCGAGGAGCCAGCGCCGGAAAUCAAGGAGGAGCCCGAGCCAGCGACGAAGAAACGAAAGGCGGCGGUCAAGGUGAAGGAGGAGGUGAAAGAGGAGAAGGUGGAGGCCGCCGUCGAGCCAGUCGCGACACGCAGGAGCAAACGGAGAAAGAGCGAAUAGUAG